ACUGAUUUUGACUGACUGAUCCGGGACACAGACUGCGACAGAGACAGACAGAAAGACAGGGAGCCGGAGCAGAAGGUCAAAGGUCAACUGAAAGGAAGACGGCUACCUUCUGCAUAAAGUCUCUCGGCGAGGAAAACUGCAUCCAAGAAGGCGUAAUGAUUCAGAGCCUGCCACACUGCAGCCUGGACACACACACACAUACGGAUAAGACAUCAGGACACACGGAGACAAGAUAUCUCACCAACCCACUUGUGAUCAAUUGGUUUAAACAACGAGCCCCAGUGAUGAUCGCCACAAGCUAAUGUUGUUAGCAUAAGCCCGCACUUGGCUGACGCUGUCAGGCAGACAUUUAAGUCGCUCGAUCAUGAAAUAGACAUCAUGGAUUAGACAGAGCACAAACACAAACAGAUGAGCGAAUACAUAAGCGGAUAUUUACGGGUAAAUGACACACGGUUGGUGGUGGAUCAACUAUUGCUAGCUUAACUGUUAGCUUCACGAACCACAUACUUUCCUGUCAGAACUUGAGCGAACUCCGGUCCGUGAUCGACCAUUUCGCUGUUUGACUGAUCGACUCGGGUCACAUUAUCUGACAGAAUCAACGACUACAGACGAGAGACCCUGUCGAGAAGCUGGACAACACUUGUGUCUCGCUCUCGUUCAUGCAGAUCUCAAGUCACAAUCGCGGAGAAACUGACACGAACGUGACGACUUCAUCAAAGACUUGAGGGAACUGCACAGAUAACGAGCCGACGAAGGGGAGAGGGCUGAAGUUCUGCUCGGACCCGGGUCUGGAAACCAAUGGGUCUCUGCGGCUACGGCCUGCAGCGGGGACGAGUGCGGCUCAGGCCGCUAGCUACCGGGCGACACGGCGCUCACUUUCUCGGCUCCAGGCGAAUGACACCGAACGAACGAAGUGCUACUACCUGGACGGGUUCCUGCAACACCGUCAUUCCGCUCGGAGAGUCUGUGAGCCUGUUGUCGACGUCCAGUUCCCUCUCCUCUCUGUCCUUUCUUCACGCAGCAGCAGAUUUGAACACAUCGACCGUUAGCAGCCGAGAAAACCCGAAUGAAGCCGAGUAAUACCCGAGCGCCCUCUAUGGCCGCUCGCGGCGGAGCUUCGCCGCGCAACGACAGAAAACAAUUCACCUGUCGCUGACUAUUCUAGAAGACGCACCAACAGGAGGAUGUGGUCUCUGAAUUCUCUCCCUCCUUGCUGACUCAGCGGUCAUGCAUCUGGGAUGGUGACAGUAGUUGGCUGUGUUGUGAUGCCUGGACAGACGAUGCAGUCGAGCUCGUGCACUGAGGACCGUAUCCAGCACGGCCUGGAGCGAUGCCUCUCGAACCUCAGCCUCCAAAUGUCAAACGACAAACUCUGGAACGCUGGUCUGAGUUUGAACCGCUGGUGCUUGGAGGAACUGGUGAAGAGAGAUCCGCACAACCUCCUCAUCCUUCUGCACACCAUUCUGAGGAAGGCAAAAGAGGUUCUUGAGCAAUGUCAGUACGACCUGGUGGUUCCACUCACGCUCCUGUUCUCCUCCACACUCAUAAAAGUGCCGUACCUUGCCCCAUGCUUUUGUGUGUUGGAGGAAGCCUACCAGCUCUUCCACAGGUUCCUGCCUUGGCCAGAUCCCUGCAGCUCAGCCAGUAAGCGCCUGCUGACCCUCAUCCACCAGGAGCUCCGAGCUCCAGGUAUCUCCUUUCAAAGGCUGGUGAGGACGGAGCACGGCAUCUCCUCUGACCUUCACGCCUCCAGGACGGUGACCGUGCUGUUGUUGGGCCCAGAUGAGGACCUGUCUCCAGAGGUGCGGUCAGUCUGUGAGCAGCUGAGUCACUCGCAGCAGUCCAAGCGCGACAUCAUCAUCACCCUCAUUCUUCACGGUCUUCAGGCCGUCAUGGGGAGCAAACCCAACCUGCGGACACUUAACACCGCCCUGCAGUGGAGGCGAAUCGAAGAGUUGGAGGAGAUUUGGAAGACGGUAAAUGACAAUCUGGAGAAGGCUGCUGCGACCAUGGACUUUGACGUGGCAAGAGAAGGUCUGCUGGAGAGCAUGGAAAAGAUCGCAGGAGGUCUUGGUGUCAGCCGCCUGGAAUCUGGUCCUCUCACAUCUUCAGCCCCUGUGAAACUGUUCCCGCUGCCCGUCCCCAAAUAUCACAUGUGCUGCUGGGAUAAAGACAACUUUGAUGUUCUUCAUGAUGUCCUGACAAGACAUGAUGAUUCGGAUUCAGCACCAGAGUGUUUCAUCAAAGUCGAGGUUUUCAAUGACGAUGACAACAACAGCACCGGUGUGGAGGUUGUGUUGGAGGGGAGUGAGCUUCUCCAGGAGCUCCAGAACCACCGUAUCUCCACAGCGUCAGGCUCCUCACGGGACUCUAUGCUCUCCAACAUCUCGCAGACCUCCAGCUGUUCUGCUGUGUCGGCGUCUUCAGGUGUGCUCAGUGACUUUGGUGAGGACCUCGAGGAAGAACCUGAGGUCCAAAGAACAGAACGAAAGAAACCUAAAAAGAAGUCCAAAUCGCUCCUUGGCGUCGAGCGCUUGUUGAACUUCAGAACACCUCGCAGUCCAAAGAUUUGCCGCCGUGCUCAGAGCAUGGGCUUCAAAGAGGACACCCCCAAAAACUGCCCCAGAACCAAGUUGCAGGAAUCCAAGUCCAAAUUAACUUCAGAUGACCUCUCUCCUAAAAAGCACGUCUGUUUGAGAAGGCGGCCUAUCCUCAGCUACGUUGAGAAUGACCAGGUCACGCAGGUGCGAGUGGUGGUCUUUGGGGGCGACCGCGAAGUGGGGCGGCUGGCGAGGGCCUACAGCGACCUGCAGAGGAAAGAGCACAAAUAUCAGAGCCUCACUAAAACCUGCAGACUGCACUUUUACUUCAUCCCAACCAAAACAAUAGAAUCAGGAUCUUCAGGACGAAGCCCCGCUAAACCUGCUACGGAGUUCAGCACUCUCUCUCGGUUGGAUAACACCACGGACAUCGCCCAAAUGUUGGCGGAGAUGGACCCCUGGUAUGAGCGGAACAUUCUCAGUCUGCUUGGUCUCUCCUCUGAGGUCCUUUGCCAGACCCCCAGCAGGGACAGCGGCGUCUCGGAGAGCGGCACAAACGUUCCCCUGCUGGCCGACUUGGUCCUCUACUACUGUCGCCUGGCCGACCAUCAGGUUCUGGUCCAGCUCUACCACUCGGAGUUGACGUUGGUGGGAGGAGAGAGGAGGAGCGAGGUGUUCGUCCAUUCCCUGGAGCUCGGACACACGGCCGCUGCCAGAGCCAUCAAGGCCAUGGGUGCUGCCAGCAAGAGGUUCGGCAUCGACAGCGACCACACAGGCGUCCCGUUGAAUCUCAAUGUAGCAUUCAAUAAGGUGGCUGUGAGUGGGAGGAGUCAGUGGACAGAGAUGGAGGCCACUUGCACGUCAGUGAAUCUGUUCAAAGCCUGCAGGAAGCCUGAGCAGCUCGAUUCCAGAAAAGAGAGUUUGUGGCUGAUGAUGACGGAAGUCUUGAAGAAGCAGAGCCAUAAGUCGAAGAAAAGCAACACUGAGCAGCUCUUUGUAACGGAGGUGAAGGUGGAUAAGGCUGAGGUGGAAGUGGCAGACGAUGGCACAACAUUUGCUGUGUGUUUGGAUCAGGACAAGAAGAAGAUCAUUCAGGGUGUCACGAGGGUCCAGGUCUCCUUGUGCUCUAAACCAGGGAGUGGUUCCGACUGGAAGUCCUACAAACCCUGGCCGGGUCAGGUCCAGCCUCUUCACCCCUGGUACUGCUCGCUGCUGUGCCUCCCCAUCACCUCGUUUUCUGCCUCACAUCCAUGAUGACAGAAGAAAAUCCAGCCUCCAUGUCUGGUUGAUUUUGUAGAUACUAGCAAGUUAAAACUUCAA